AUGUAUCAUCCUGGUCAUAAGUGCAAAAUGGAGUUUAUGCAGCUAAUCGCCGAACCAAACGAUUCCAAACAACUAGUGGAAGAAUCGACCCACUACCUACAAGUAGAUGCUCCAAGAAAAAUGGAUGUAAUGACUCAAAAUAAUGAUGAAGCUGAUGACCAAACAGAAGCAAAAAUUUAUGGAAAUGACUUCAUCACGAGCCCAAUAUUAGAGAAUAGGCCCAAACGUAAUAGAGGUGCAUUUUUUAUCCUUAGAGAGGAAAGGAAUCUUACAGGUUCCAAGAACUGUGGUGCAUACUUAAUAUCCUUCUGGCACACCCUCUCUUUGGGAUCUGGAUGUCAUAGAUGCAAACAGAGAGUAGAUGAGUUUAUUAUGCCUAGCCUGAAUUGUAGACGUUUUGGUCUUUCAUGGAAGCUUAAACUUGGUGCAAGAAAUAUUUUAAAAAGGCAAGACAUUAAAUGCCUUCCCGCUGGUGGUGUAUUAUCAGAUGCCGGAAUUUCUUCCAAUCAGUUUGAGGAUUUCUCUGUCUCUGUUGUUGACAAGGAAGAUACUAGAGAACUAAAGAUAAGCUUAGAGGUAUCUGGAAACAAAACUCAAAGGAUAUUUGAUGAUGUCUUUAAGAGAAUGGUUGCAGCUGCACAACCAAUCCCAGGAUUUCGAAGAGUAAAAGGAGGUGGAAUACCGAAAGACAUUUUAUUAGAGGUUCUUGGACCUUCCAAAGUUUUCAAGGAAGUUAUCAAGAAAAUAAUCAACUCAACUGUAGCUGAAUAUGUGGAGAAGGAAAAUUUGACAGUUAGCAAGGACCUGAGAGUUGAGCAAAGCUUUGAAGAUCUUGAAACUACUUUCGUGGAAGGGGAAAGGUUCAGCUUUGAUGUUGUACUUGAGCUUAAAAAAUAA